ACUACGUAUACGUCGUAGUUGGCCGAAGUAUGCGGUGCCUUGCCAAACUACGUCGUAGUUUGUUGACGUACGUCAUCGUUGAGUUUAGACGCGUCCGGGUAUCGUCGUCCGGAUAUUGUGAAGUGGUGACGUUCGCCAGGAUCGGACGCAAGCUGACAAGAAUGGUUCUCUUCAAAUCUGUGUGAAUCUUCAUGACUUCAUGAGCACGUGAUGGCCAGUGCUCGGUUGUAUACUGUGUUUACAAUGCUAACUGCUGCUGUGGUUAUCCUAACGACGUGGAUGUUUCCCUACGAACGAUUUAUGAUCUGGGACCAGUACUCUUCAGAUCAUCAGGACAUCCUAAAUCCGAUGGUGUCCAAACUUCGCCUCAUCCAGCCACCAGUUGAACGUUGCCUCCUCAACCAGUCUCUCCUCUUCGACCAGACCACGUACCCAACCUACACGGAGGUGGUCGUCUUAAACAGGGACCGCCUGUAUCGCCAAGGAGACGUCCUUACCGUCAAGGUGGUGGCAAGAGACAAGAAAAGAAGACUGAAGACGUACGGAGGAGACUUUUUCCGUGCCAGACUGGUCAGCAGUGACCGUUCGCUACAGGCCAGUGGUGCCGGUCACGUCACUGACCACUGUAACGGUAACUAUACCGUGCAGUUCCAACUCUAUUGGGUUGGGAACGUUUCGAUAAAGAUCCAGCUUGUCCAUCCAAGCGAGGCAGUUAAGAUUCUACAGAGCGUGGGACAUGUUCCGAACAAGAGAGGCUUCCAAUGCAUCUUCGGCAACCUGGAGACCAAAGACCAUUAUACACAGCAAUGCUUCAGCUCUAACAACCCCAGCCUACCACCCCACCGAAAGUGCGAUUUCUCAAAACCUGAGGCAAACGGAACCUGGAUUUGUGAGAAACCGGAGAAACUACCGUGUUCCGCCAUCACAAAGUGUCGAUGGAACCCAGAUAUAAGCAGGGUACGCGCACUUGUGUCUCAAGAGGAAAUGAAACUUUUCCAAAAGCCAUAUCUUGAGACAGAACUUGAAGUAAAUCCCAAGCAGCCCAUACGAGUCCUCGAGACAGACCUACCCACACCAGAACACCUUCCAGCGUGUACCGGGAACACGCGUGAGUCCGGAGCUUCGCUGGGACACUGGUCAGGCAAGGUGUGGAAGUCAGCGGUCUGUAAUGUCCGAGUCUUCAAUAAGGAGGAGAUCCAGCGGUGCCUAGCUAACAAGACCGUGUACUUGCAAGGUGACUCUACCAUUAGACAAUGGAGCGAGCAUUUGCAGAAUGUAGUGCCACUAUACAGCGAUAAUAGAACCACGAAUUCACCAGUUUUUCGAGUAGGAAACAACAACCAGUGGAACACCUCUGUUCGCUACCGUUUCCACAACGUUCCCGUUCAAGUAAAAGCUUGGUUUAAUUUUCAAGACUUCCGCUACAUUGUUGAUGAGAUAGACGCCACUCAUGGAGGCCCAAACACCGUCAUAGUCCUAAGUCUGUGGGCUCACUUUACGGCUGAGCCGUUGGACGUGCUUCGAUCUCGUCUGUACGCCAUACGGGGCGCCAUACACCGUCUCCUUCCCAGGAGUCCCGGCACGCGAGUUUUCGUGAGAACUGGAACAACGCGAUAA